AUGUCAGAACAGACUUACAUCGAUGUUGACGCCCUUUUGGAAGAGCUUCGGAAUUUGCCACCUCCUACCGAAGCAUACGCCUUCUUUACGGAAACUGAGCCUGGAAUAGCAUUCCUUGACGACCAGCUAUACGCAAUCUUCAAUGGGUUUUUGGCCCAGUUCUUCACCCCAGACAUAACAACAUUUGUCUCUACUUGCGAUAGCCUAAUCCCUCUGCUCGACCUGGCGCUACUUAUCGCGAAAAAUCGCCAGCUGGUCUUAGAUAUCUUGGAGCUUGCCGACGUGAUGUUCGAUAAAUUUGUGAGCGUCUCUCUGACGCUCCAACAGUGCUUGGACCACAUUGUUCCGACUCAUUCGAUUGUCCGAACGCGCUUGCUUGACAUCAUCAACCAAUGUCUCGCGUCUCCACACAAUAUAAGUGACAUCCGCUCUGAACUUCAGACCCUGAAAUCGAAGAUUCAAGAGCGGGAGGAUCAGGCGAAAGCCGCCUUGUUUGCGUGCGAUACCCAGUGGAUUUAUGAUCUAUCGGAAUCAUGGCCUGAGUUCAAAGCCUUGAAUCCGUGUCUGACCGAAGAUAUUCCAGCUGCAGCAUUGGAAAUAGUUGCUCAGGGCUGCACGUCUACUUGUCCCACUGAGGUGUUGCCAACCACAACUGCACAACUCAGACGGAACUCGUCUAUGAUUAUGGACAACCUCAGAGCAUCCAAGUCGACUCGUCCCCUGGGAGCAUCUCAAUCUUUAUCUGCCCUACCUACAUCAGUUUCAUGCAACAUUAAUGGUUUCCCUAAACGAGGUACCUCUAUCUCCCGCACGCAAUCACUUUCCACGAUGCUUCCUCCUCAAGCUCAAGCUCGUGUACUGGUCGCACUUGGGACGGUGACUGAAGUGGAGGAGGAAGAGGACUGA